AUGAUUCAUUUGCCAGCCAACUUAUGCCUUGGAGGUCAGGAUAUAUUUGCAUCCAUAAGAGAAAACAGCCCCACUGGAGAGUUUAUUGCAAACGUCAGCAUUGCCGGAGAUCCAGGAGCCAACAGUGUCCGCUUGUGCCUGACUGGAGAGAAUGCUGACUGGUUCUUCUUGGAGGAAAAAACCAUCCGGCUCAACUCGUCACUCUCGAGAGCACUGGAUAAAGAGCUUCAUGGAUCUGUAUUACUGGCGGCAUUAACAUGCUAUGAAGGGGAAACUAUACAGAGUGAAUACAGAAUUAUGGUUGAAAUCCUUAAUGAGAAUGACAACAAGCCAGUGUUUCUUGAGGAGACAAUUCAACCUGUUAACAUCAGUGAGCUGGCUGCAGUCAAUUCUACAGUAUUCACGGUCAAGGCCAUAGAUGCAGAUGAUGACACCAUUAUGUAUGUCAUUGACAAACAGUUGCCUGAUGCCAGCUACUUCAGGAUAGACCUGCCCAACAGUGGCAAAGUGAUCCUGGUGAAAGCACUGGACUAUGAGACACAAAGUCAGCUACAGUUGAUCAUUUAUGCUAUAGAAAUGAGCACCAAGGAGAGAUACAAUGCCUCUGCCACCAUAACAGUUAAUGUUCUUGAUGGAGAUGACCUUUACCCACAGUUCCAGCCAUGUACGCCCCUCUCUCAAGACAGGGGACAUGUCAUCUGCACUAAUCCCGUUUACAGAGCUAACAUAACGGAGACCAUGCAGAACAUCACUUUAACUUUCUCACCUGGUCCAAUACAUGCUGUGGAUGGGGACAUAGGUCUGGGAACACAUGUACUGUACACCAUCCUGUCAGGGGCUGACAAUGGCAGGUUUCGCAUUAACAACAUUACUGGGGAGGUAACCUUGACUAAGGCCGUGGAGGACCGACUGCUGACCCCAACAUUCAAACUUGACAUCAUGGCCUCUCAAGUUGACGACCCAAAGAAGUAUUCAAUAGCAACUGCCAUGGUCCUGGUGUUGGCUGAGAAUUACUUCGCUCCAGAGUUCAACAGUAGCACCUACCAGGGGUUCAUUAUGGAAGGAGUCGGCUCUUCCUCUCUGGUGUCCACUUAUGGAAACAAGGUGCUGGUGCUCCAAGCCAUCGACCGUGACUUUAAAGACGGAAUAAAUCCCAAAAUCCACUACUCCCUACGGCCAAAGUCAAACAACACAAAGCUCUAUCACAUCACCCAGGAAGGUCAUCUGAUUGCCAGGACCAGUAAUCUCCGGGCCUCUGAGAAACAUUUCCUUGAGGUGCUCGCCACAGAUCAAGAGUCUGGAGAAGUUGUUAAAACAUCAGUUGACAUUGAAGUUCUCCAAAGAGGUCAAAAAGGAAGUCCCAAGAAAUUGGAUUAG